GAAGGGGAAAACUUUCCAGUAACCAUUGAUCUACGAAACAAACUACAACGAAUUGUGUGUCCUUCCGGCUAAAGACCUCUAAUAUUGAAUCAUGGAUUGCGGAGGAGUUUUUGUGAAAUAUGUGUUGUUCAUAUUCAACAUAUUGUUUGUGAUAUGCGGCAUUUUACUCAUCACCUUUGGAUCUAUAAUGGUAUCAUCCAUUAAGGAUUUCUCAAAUGUCGGAGAAACCUUCACUGCCAACAGUGUAGCCAUCAUUAUCCUGGUCCUGGGCUGCCUCAUCUUUUUGAUCGCCUUCAUGGGAUGCUGCGGAGCCAUUCGUGAAAAUGCCUGCUGUCUGACCACGUAUUCCUCUGUGAUGAUGGUGCUGUUAGUCGGUCAACUGGCCCUGAUCAUUUAUGUGUGGAUUGACCAUGUACAGAUUCAGCAAUCUCUGGAAAAGAUUGUCCAGACAAUCUGGGACCAGCGAAAAUCCGAUUCUCUCCUAUUGGACACUCUGCAACGAUCUUUCAAGUGCUGUGGUAAGAAGAGCUACAUUGAUUAUGUUAGUACAUCUUUUCCUGGCUCCUGCUGCGACUCCCCCUCCAAUGGGACGUGUUCAAUCAAACAGGUAAUUGAUCGGCCAGGAUGCCUUGCAGCCGUUGAUUCCUUCUGGGACACCAACGUAAAUAUCAUCAAAUACGCGGGUCUAGGCGUGACUGCCAUUGAGCUUGUUGCCUUCAUUUUUGGAUGCUGCUUGGCCAAUCAGACCCGAAACGUACAGAGACGUCAGAACUACUAAGCUCCGAGUAGUAUAUUCAUUAAAUCUUAAUAUUGUCCCAUCACAUCGCGUAAUAAUUUAAAUAAGUUUAUAAAAUCUAGCCCUGAUUAAUAAAUGGGAUCACCAAUUACGGGAUAAUAUAACUCUAA